CCCAGGGACCCUCUGCCCUUUUGCCCUGCCACCCAAGGAACCAGGGAGUGCCCGGGAUUGGGUGGCUGCGGAAACAGGGCGUUGGGAGGCGAAGAAGAAAGAAUGCGGCUGGUGAAGCUCACAGGAGGGUGUGUCGAAUUUAUAACGCAGAUCUGAGCAGCUUCUGGACAGCUUUCCCUGCUGGAGCCGAGAGAGGAUGGCAGAGGGUUCCAAGCUCCAGUUGUUUGUCAAGGCCAGCACUGAUGGAGAGACCAUAGGGCACUGCCCCUUCUGCCAGCGCCUUUUCAUGGUCCUGCUGCUCAAGGGGGUGCCCUUCACGCUGACCACAGUGGACACCAAGAGGUCCCUGGAUGUCCUGAAAGAUUUCGCCCCGGGAGCCCAGCUGCCUGUCCUGCUCUAUGACGGGGAACCCAAAACAGACACCAUCAAGAUCGAAGAGUUUCUGGAGGAGACCCUGAACCCCCCUGAGUUUCCCAGCCUGGCGCCCAAGUACAAGGAGUCCACCUUAGCCGGGAAUGACGUCUUCCACAGGUUCUCUGCCUACAUCAAGAACCCGAUACCAGCUCAGGACGAAACUCUGCUCCACGGCCUCCUCAAAGCCUUCCGUAAGCUGGACCAAUACUUGAACACCCCUCUGGACUACGAGCGGGUGCGAGACCCUCAGCUGGUCAUCUCCCGCCGGCGGUUCCUGGAUGGGGACCAGAUGACCCUGGCUGACUGCAACCUGCUCCCCAAACUCAACAUUGUUAAUGUUGCGUGCCAGCACUACCGCCAGGCGGGCAUCCCCAGAGAGCUGCGGGGCAUCGGGCGCUACCUGGAGUGCGCUGCCGAGACCAAGGAGUUCCAGUACACCUGUCCAAACCCCCAGGAGAUCAUCCAGGCCUACCACGGCGUGGUCAGGCAGCCCUAAUAGCCACGCCCCGGCUAAAGUUGGGGUCUGGCUAGCUUGGCUGGCCGCCCCCUGGCUCCUCUUCCUUCUCUCUCAGAGCCACUCAUAGUGGAAGAAAGCAGGGCAGGUCCAGAUCAGUGGGACCCCCGUGGGCACGGUUUUUAGGCGGAUCCGGCAUCGCCAUCUUCCUCUCCCACCAAGGCAGUGGGUGCUAUGCCAAUGGGGUCAGGCCCUGGCCCUGCCCUUGGGCAGCACUGGCAGAGCCAAUGUGCUGUGGUGGUCCCUGGCUAGCAAACCUGCCUUCCUUCUCUGGAGGGCUCCCCUCUCUUCCUCUUGACCAGAUUCAGCCCGGAAGAUUUGAGGGAGGACAGUCAGCUCCCUUCACGCCUGCAAAGAGGGCCUGAAGGCCUUGAAGUGGGGCUGGGGGCUUCUUAGAGAGCUUAGCUCACCUGAAACUGUGACAGACCCUCGCUGGAGCAGCCCUGCACAUGAUCUGGCUUGCGCGGUGUGUGUGUGUGUGUGUGUGUUUCAGAACAUGUCUGCAUUUCCACAUUCUCUCUUCACCCAUGGCUCUAUUGAAGUGCAAAACUCUCUCCCCCAAAUGUCCAAUGCUUUAAAUGUCUUUCCCCAAAAUUAAAUAGACGCUAAUAUAUCAAUAGAGAA